AUGUCUGAAACUCCGUUUGAAAAUAAAUUUGAUGAUCUUAUUCAUAAACUAGACAUAUCUGAAACUCUAAGUAAUGUGGAUGUUUCAAAUCCUUUUAGUGAUGUAGUUUCGUCUUUAAUCACACCAGUAGGAGUAGAUUCUUCCUUAAUAGAAGGGAAUCAUAGCGAUCUGGAUAAUGGCUUUUUCGAACCAAAUUUCAUAAAAAGUGAUGAAUUUAAAGAAUUUGAAGACUUAGAUAUUAAAGAUGAUGUUAUAGAUUCUGCUAAUUUAUCAAUUACAUCAGAUCAAAAUAUUGAGAGAAUUAGUAACAGUGAUGAAUCGUUGACUGAUGAAAGUAAUUUUACGAGAGAUUCACAGUUAGAUCUAAAAGGAAAUAACGAGGUUGGGACUACUCCAUUAUUUGAUAUUUCGGUAGAAGAUCCACAAAAAAUUGGAGAUCCUAUUAAUGCUCAUAUUAUAUACAGAGUUAGAACUAGAACAACAUCGGAUAAAUUUAAAAGCAAUGAUUUUACAGUUUUAAGAAGAUAUCGAGAUUUUUUAUGGCUUUAUAAUCAAUUAACUUUAAGAAAUCCAGGGGUAAUCGUUCCACCUGUACCGGAAAAACAUGCUAUUGGUCGUUUCCAAGAUGAAUUUGUAGAGAAUCGUCGUCAAGCUCUUGAAAAAUAUGAAUCCAAAGGAGUAUUAAAGUCAUUAGGCGAGGCAGUUUCAAAUGCCACGACGUUUACCAAAUUUACAGAAACAGAUGAAUGGUUUGAAAAUCGUAAAAAUCAAUUGUACAUUCUUGAUUCACAAUUAAAGGCCUUGUUAAAAUCCGUUGAAACUAUUGUUAAACAACGUAAAGUUACUGCUGAAUUUGGGGAUAACAUCUUGUCUUUAAGUGAAGUGGAGAGUAAUGAAACUUUAGCGAAUCAUUUGACUAUAUUAGGAAACAUACAACAUCAAAUUAAAGAAUUACAUGAAAAGCAGGCACAACAAGAUGUUGUAACUUUGGAAAGUACUAUUGAUGAAUAUAUUCGUUUAAUAGGAUCUAUUAAGGUCGCGUUUAAUUCACGUUCCAAAGUUUAUCAAACGUGGAAAAAUGCUAUAAAUGAUUUACAGAAGAAGAAGGCUAAUUAUGAAAAGACGAAAACUCAGGUCGAGGAGUGUAAAAACGAUUUCGAAGAUGUCACAGAACUUAUUAAAGCUGAAAUAGAUCGAUUUGAUAAAGAAAAAGUGGAAGACUUUAAAAAUAGUGUUGAAGCAUUUUUGGAAUCGAUGGUACAAACACAAAAAAGGUUACGAGUAGUACCAACUAUACCAUCACUUAUUCCAUCAAUGCUUUGGCACUUUACUGAAGAAAGUAUCGACCAGAAAAUGAACCCCUUUCCCCACCAGUUAAUCUAUCAACCAAACGGUUCCCCGAAUGGCCAGGUGUCCCCAAAUCAAUCACCCUCUCAUUCACCCUCACCUCCUACAGCAUCUCCAAAUCAAACUUCGCCGUCACUUGGAUAUCCCGUAUCACAUAAUUUACAAACAAUUUAUAGUGGUAAUAGUAUGCACUUAUAUUCUUUACAAUCAAAAUUACAACCAAAGUUACAACCUUCUUUAGGACACGCGUUUGGACCACACUCCUUGUUAAACCAAACAUCAGGACCUCCCGGACAAGCUUUAAUGCCACCGGUUUCUCAUGCAAUGAAUCAGCCACAAUUAAAUAUAUCUCUAAAUACAGGUGUAACCAAUACAAAUAAUCUAACAGUAGUGAGUUCGACACAUUGGCAAUCACAACUUAAUUAUGCACAAUUAUCCCCAAUAGCAAUAACAGAUCCAAAUAAUCCUAAUAAACCUCCAGUGAAUGGAGUAUUAAAUAAGAAAGAGGUUAAUGGAGAUAAAGAUAAACAAGAUCAACCAUUUCAACAAUGGAUGAUAAUUGAUCUGGGUGGUAUGGGCCUCAAGAACAUUAAUAUAUCAGGAAAUAAAUUAUCAGUUCUCCCAUCAGAUUUGGGAAUGUUAACGAAUUUAAAGGAACUUUUAUUAUUUGAUAAUAAUAUUGUAACAUUACCAUAUGAAUUGGGUACACUUUAUCAAUUGGAGACACUUGGAAUAGAGGGAAAUCCAAUAAGUGAGGCAAUUAAAUCAUUAUUACAAAAAGAGGGUACGACGGCAGUAAUUUCAUUUUUAAGGGAUAAUUGUCAAGUACCACCACAUCCAAUGGAAAGGGAUUGGAUAAUGUUGGAAACUGAUACUGUUGGAGGAGAACGUGAUUCUUUCACUCUCCUUUGCUAUAAUAUUUUAUGUGAAAAAUAUGCAACUACCCAAUUAUAUGGUUAUACUCCUUCAUGGGCACUUGCUUGGGAUUAUCGAAAAGAACUUAUCGUGGGUGAAGUAUUAUCUUAUAAUGCGGAUAUUGUAUGCCUUCAGGAUGCAUAUCACAAACAUGGAGAUUACGAUAGCGUUUAUUGGCCAAAAUCUCGUGCUAAAACGAUGUCCGAUUGGGAGAAAAAAUCCGUAGAUGGAUUUGCGUUACAGAGACCAGAUAUUAAGAAAACCGAAGACAUGUUUAAUCGAGUUAUUACUAAAGAUAAUAUUGCAAUUGUAACAUUACUUGAGAAUAAGGAGAAUUCAACACGAAUUAUUAUUGCUAAUUGUCAUAUUCAUUGGGAUCCUUCAUAUGCGGACGUUAAACUUGUUCAAGUUGCCAUGUUAAUGGAUGAAAUAGAUAAAUUAUCUCAUAAAUGGAGUACAUUACCUAAUCAAUCAUCUUAUAAUUAUAAUAAUCACCCAAAUAAAAUGUCAACCAUUAUUUGUGGUGAUUUUAAUUCAACACCUGAUUCUGGUGUAUAUGAAUUUUUAUCUCGUGGAACAAUAAAACAAGAUCAUGGUGAUUUUGGUGAUCAUAUUUAUGGAUCAUAUACUUCAGGGGGUUUAUCUCAUGGAUUAUCACUUAAAUCCUCUUAUUCUAAUAUUGAGGAAUUACCUUUUACCAAUUUUACACCUUCAUUUACUGGUGUAAUUGAUUAUAUUUGGUAUUCUACCAAUACGUUAACCGUUACUGGUUUACUGGGUGGCGUAGAUAGAGAAUAUCUGUCUAAAAUGGUGGGAUUUCCAAAUGCGCAUUUUCCUUCUGAGUAA